UAAUGUUGAUUGCUCAGAGGAAGAAACGUCUUAUUCGCGCAUGCGCAGUUCAGUUCCUUCCUUUUCGACAUCCCGAGCGAAAGAGACAAGAUGGGCCACCAGCAGCUCUAUUGGAGUCACCCAAGAAAAUUCGGUCAGGGAUCUCGAUCCUGCCGUGUGUGCUCAAACAGACAUGGUCUGAUCCGCAAAUAUGGGCUCAACAUGUGCCGCCAGUGCUUCAGACAAUACGCAAAAGACAUCGGCUUCGUGAAGUUGGAUUAAAGGUGUGGACUGCUUCACCAGAGCCAUGUUGAAACAACAUCCUUCCAGGCAACCACCGUGAAGUCACUUGAAUUACAAAUAAACACAUUUUUCUGGUUAAA